GCUUCUCUACCUCCUGAUGCUGCCUGGCCUGCUGUGUUCUUCCAGCCUCCUGCCUGUCUAUUCGUAACACUGUCAAACACACUUCCUGUUGAUUCAUUUAAGAUAUGAGGAGUAUUGGAUGGGGUUGUAAUGGAGUAAUGAAUCGGAAGAGAAACAUUAUACCAGACGUUUUCCGAAAGAUUAAGAAGCAAAAAGUUGGAUUAGCAGAAGAAUUUAAAUUAUCAGUUAAGAAUGAAGCCAAAGAUUUUGAAGGAAUGCCAAAUGAUACCAAGUCUGCACUGAUUUUUUUAGUGUCGUUGUUUCCUCGUAAGUUAUUUGAUGAUUCUCUUCCACCUAUUGUUUUAAAACACCAACUUUACAGCAUUGUUAAAGACAAAACUACAGUUGAUCGUCAGCUGAUUGAUCAGAAUGAGCUGAAAGAUCUGGGACAUGUUCGGAUUUUCCAGUUUGGAUUUGACACAGAUGUGUUUGGCAUUGUAUUUACUGAGGAUUACAAAAGUAAGGUUUUGGCUGCGACAGCAAUGAAAGAAACUGCUUCAACAGUGCAAAGGUUUCUGGACACUGUGGUGAACUCGUGUACAGAUCUUGGUUUCAACAAAGAUAAAAUGCUGAAGGAGUUUUCAUUUCAUGACCAAGAAAUUACGCAACUGGUGAAUGCAGGAGUUCUUACAGUACGAGAUGUUGGAAGUUGGUGGCUUGCCAUUCCAGGUGCUGGCCGAUUUGUGAAAUAUUUUGUAAAUGGUCGCAAAGCUGUUCUUCGCAUGAUACGGAAAUCUAAAUACAAUGAGGUUUUGCAGUCUGACUUAGAAACACGCAAAGGCGUAUCCAUGGUGAAGUUAGGGAUCCAGUAUCAUGUCCAUGACAUCAUUGGAGCAGAGUUGGUGAAAUGCAUCCCAACAACUACUGGAACUUUGCUGCGCUUGAAUGAAUCCUGAUCCACCGAUCGCGUGCAGAUCCACCUACGAAUCAAGUUCGAUCUGAAUGUUAUCACCGGAACAGGAUGCUGAAAAAGGGGAGCAACGUGGAAAGAGGCAGGGGAAAAGGAUAUAGACAUUUUUCAAAAGAAUUCAAUAUUGCUGAAAGAUUUGAUACUACAAAACUAAAUAUUUCAGCUAUUUAUUUGCCAACCCUGUGAUACAAGAUUAACAUUAACUUUUGUAUUAAAAAUAUAAAUCAACAUAUUCAGUUGAAUUUGACUGCGUUCAAGUUUAACAUAGUUAAAUGGAAUGAACUGUGUUUAUUUUUGUUUCCCAAUGAAUUUUGCAAUAUACAAUGAGCAUAAUGGACCACUACGUGGGAAGCUCAGAUUACAGUGCAACAAAGUGUAUGAAUCGUAUGUUCAAUAGGUUAUUGGGUUAACUGAGACUUUAACCCGGAUCGUUUCAAAUGCUAAAAGGAAGCUCGAAAUCCCUUAUUAAACAUUUUAAUUACUUGAAGCUAGACUACGAGUCAUCAAACCGUUUAGUCAAAAGGAAGCUGAAACCCAACGGUGAAGUUCAGAAUUUGGUUUUGGAUUUAAUUUGAGUCAAUUUAUUUAUGUAAAAUUGCGAUAUAUAUAAAAAUGGUCACAAAGCAGAAAAAUCUAUCAUUAACUGCAAAUGCUUUGAACUUGGACCCCAAGUGGAAAUGUGGCAUCUGGUUGAUUAAAAUCAUUAUGAUCAAAUGAA